CUGGCCUCUUGUCAAAGAAAACCCAUCAAAAAACCUAAAACCUGAUAGAUAAACUUGGACGCUCCUCACGAAUCUCGGAUCUGAGGGGUUACCUUUGCCUCUAAUCAUCUCCUUCCUCCUCCAAACCCUAACUUAAUUCAGAUUUUAGGGCUCAUUCGGAUCGAAUCAUCAUCCGUCGAUUAUCAUCACAGCCAUGUCUGCCGUAUAUUGCGGAAGUAAGAGAUCUUACUUCGAAGAAACUCCUUCUCCUCCUCCGUCUUCGAAGAGGUUCCGAUGUUAUUCCCCUUCCAAUCCUCCAAGCUGGUCCUCCUCCUCUCCUUCCUCAUCGAUCGAUCAGCUUCGCACUGCCUUUCCUCAUCUUGAACUCACCGUUCUUGUGGAGGCGUUGGAAGGACAUGGGAGUGACGUAAAUGCUGCUAUGAAGAGCUUAUACGCUUUGGUAUCUGCUGAGGAGGAAAGAGCUGCCGCUAAUAAGGAGACUGCUUCACCAGCGAGUGCUGAUGACUGGGUCUCAUUGAUAGUGAGGGAAGUCACGCAGUCUACUGGCACGGAUGAUGCGAAACUCCGUACUGGAAGAGUCCUUGAGGCUUUAGAGAAGACGUUAAGCGCACGUGCUCACGAUGAAGCUGCCAAAAAAUUCCAAGAGGAGAGUGUGGUAGCGCAGCAACAAGUGGAGGUCUUGGUCAAGGACAACACAUUGCUGAAACGUGCUGUUGCUAUCCAGCAUGAUCGGCAGAAGACCUUAGAAGAUGCUAACCAGCAGCUAGAAUUUUUUAAGCAACUGAUUCCUCAGUACCAGGAGAAGGUCAGAAAUCUGGAGGUGAAUAAUUACGCAUUGAAAUUGCAACUGGAGCAAAUGGAACACGGCAGCUCUAUGAUGCCGCAAAGAUUCAAUCCGGAUGUCUUCUAAAGGCGUCAAAAGAGAAACAAGUAGGGCAAGUUGGGAGGGAGAAGAUGCGGACAAUAAAAGCGCAACAAGUAGAGGAGAGAUGAUCAAAGUAGAAAACACAAGAGAAAAAUGCUUUUGCAUUGUAUUUGCUGUUGUGUAGUCAGAUAAAAAACAUAUAUGUUUCCUUUUCCUUUGCCUUUUGUUUUAUUUCUUUAUAUUUAUACUUUGGUACUGGUUGUGUGAUGAUCCUGAGGGAAUAUCAAGAAUUUGUGUG